UGGUCUCCUCCAUCGGCACCGCCUGGACCACAGGGACGAGACGCCAUGACCCCCAGCCUCACGGCCCUGCUCUGCCUUGGGCUGAGUGUGGGCCUGAGGACCCCGGUGCAGGCAGGCACCCUCCCCAAACCCACCAUCUGGGCUGAGCCAGGCUCUGUGAUCCCCAGGGGGAGCCCCGUGACCAUCUGGUGUCAGGGGACCCCGGAGGCCCAGGAGUUCCGAAUGGAUAAAGAGGGAAGCUCAGCUUUCUGGGACGCACAGAGUCCACUGGAGCCCGAGGACAAGGGCAAGUUCUCCAUCCCACACAUGACACACUCCGACGCAGGGAGGUAUCACUGUUACUACUUCAGCCCCACUGGCUGGUCAGAGCGCAGUGACCCCCUGGAGCUGGUGGUGACAGGGGCCCACAGCAAACCCACCCUCUCAGCCCUGCCGAGCCCUGUGGUGACCUCGGGAGGGACCGUAACCCUCCAGUGUGGCUCAUGGCAGGGAUGGGAAGGGUUCAUUCUGACUAAGGAAGGAGAACCCAAGUCCUUCUGGACCCUGGAUGCACAGCGACUCCCCGAUGGGCAGGCCCGGGCCCUGCUCCCCGUGGGUCGCGUGACCCCCAGCCACAGGUGGACGUUCAGAUGCCACGGCUUUUACAGGCACACCCCCCAGGUGUGGUCGGCCCCCAGUGACCCCCUGGAGCUCCUGGUCCCAGGUGUGUCUGGGAAGCCCUCCCUCCUGACCCCGCAGGGCCCUGUCGUAGCCUUUGGACAGAGCCUGACCCUCCAGUGUCGCUCUGACGUCGGCUAUGACAGAUUCGCUCUGUCCCAGGAGGGGGGACAGGCCCUCCCCCAGCGCCCUGGCCGGCAGCCCCAUGCUGGGCUCUCUCAGGCCGACUUCCCCCUGGGCCCGGUGACCAGCACCCACGGGGGCCGGUACAGAUGCUACGGUGGACACAACCUCUCCUCCGAGUGGUCGGCCCCCAGUGACCCCCUGGACAUCCUGGUGGCAGGAUGGUUCCCUGACACGCCCUCCCUCUCGGUGCAGCCGGGCCCCGUGGUGGCCUCAGGAGAGAACGUGACCCUGCUGUGUCAGUCAGGGAGCACAAGGGAAACUUUCCUUCUGUCCAAGGAGGGGGCAGCCCAGCCCCCACUGCGUCUUAGAUCAAAGUACCGAGGUCGGCAUUUCCAGGCCGAAUUCUCCCUGAGUCCUGUGACCUCAGCCCACAGUGGGACCUACAGGUGCUACAGCUCACUCAGCAGUAACCCCUACCUGCUGUCACACGCCAGUGCCCCCCUGGAGCUCGCGGUCUCAGGAGGCUCUGAAGUUGGGAUCCUUCCCCCCACGGAGCCAGGCCCGCAGACGGGUCUCAAACGGUACCUGAACGUUCUGAUCGGGGUCUCGGUGGCCUUCGUCCUGCUGCUCCUCGUCCUCCUCGUCCUCCUCGUCCGACACCGGGGUCAGAGCAGACGCAGGAAGUCGGGGGCUGCAGACCCAGAGCCCAAGGACAGAGGCCUGCAGAGCAGCUCCUGCCCAGCCGCCGCCGCCGCCCAGGACCAGGCCCUCUAUGCUGCCGUGAAGGACCCACAGCCUGAGGAGGGGGUGCAGCUGGACCAUCCGCAGAACAGGCAGGAUGCAGACCCCCAGGAGGGGAUGUAUGCCCAGGUGAACCACUCAAGAUCAAGACUAAGGCGGGGGGUGGCCACCUCUCCUUCCUCCCUGUCGGGGAGAUUGCUGGACACGAAGGACAGACAAGUGGAAGAGGAUGGGCAGAGGGACAGUCAGGCCGCCGCAUCUGAAGCCCCCCAGGAUGUGACCUAUGCCCAGCUGAACCACUUGACCUUCAGACGGGAGACUGCACCCCCUGCCCCCCAGUCAGGGGAACCCCCAGAAGAGCCCAGCGUGUAUGCUGCUCUCGCCAUCCGCUAG